GGUGUCACGGUACUGGAUAGAGCGGUUUCAUACAUCGCUAUCAGGCAGCGACACCUAUACUUUUCUCUCCUACGUUGAUAAACAGCGCCUUCUGCUUGCUGCAAAGAAAUCGGUUUUGUUUUCUUUACUUGUUAGUAUUUCCUGUGAUUUAACAGUAGGCUUUCUUUUUCAAAUUGCAACGUGGAACGAAGGAGAUAACAUACAACUGAAGCCCCGUUCUUUUUGACUCGGCACGUGUAGUUUGGAAGUGCUAUUACCCCUUGACCGCAAGGUUGGAGGUUAAGCGGCCAUCUUGUUGGUAAGAGAAACAGCUGUUUGUUUUAUGGAAGCUGUAGGUUUUAGGAGGCGGGCUGCUCAGUGUACCUGUCAGAUUUGUUGUAGACUAUAACGGGGCAGAGAGAGAGAGAGGUGGACUACUGGACAGUCAGACCGCUGCUGCCAGUAUCACCCAAAUCAUGUCCACGUUCUCGGAGUCGGCCUUGGAGAAGAAACUCUCAGAACUAAGUAACUCACAGCAGAGUGUGCAGACCCUGUCUCUCUGGCUGAUCCAUCAUAGAAAACACUCAAGUCCUAUUAUCAGCGUGUGGCAUAAAGAACUUAAAAAAGCUAAAUCGGGUCGAAAAUUAACCUUCCUUUAUCUUGCCAAUGAUGUCAUCCAAAACAGUAAAAGGAAAGGGCCAGAAUUCACUAGAGACUUUGAAUCAGUUCUUGUGGAUGCAUUCUCUCACGUUGCCAGAGGGGUUGUUCGAUUCAUCUUGGAUCCGACUUCAGACACUCAGACUUUGGAUCCAGUCCUCAGGGUCGUCCUCUUACCCACAACCCCCUGCAGGGAGGCUGAUGAAGGCUGUAAGAAACACAUGGAGCGACUGUUAAACAUCUGGCAGGAGAGGAGUGUGUAUGGCGGAGACUUUAUCCAACAGUUAAAGUUAGCUAUUGAAGAUGGCAAUAGUCCGAAGCCACGAGGCCGUCAUGUGGAAGCAACUGGAAAGCAUAAAGGAGGACGCACUCAGAAAGGCCAUCAUGCAGACGGAACUGGAAGGCAUAAAGGAGGACGUACACAGAAAGUAAAGGAAGAGAAGAAAACAAUAAAACGUACUUUCCAGCAAAUUCAAGAGGAGGAAGACGAUGAUUAUCCUCGUAACUAUUCACCCAGAGACCCUGACACGGGACCAUUAUUGACAGAAGAACUGAUUAAAGCUCUACAAGAUCUGGAAAAUGCUGCGUCAGGAGAUGCUGCAGUACGACAAAAAAUUGCAUCAUUACCCCAAGAGGUACAGGAUGUGUCAAUGCUAGAAAAAAUCACAGAUAAACAAGCAGCAGAGCGUUUGUCUAAAACGGUUGAUGAAGCUUGUCUACUGUUAGCAGAAUAUAAUGGACGCCUUGCAGCAGAGCUGGAUGAUCGACGACAGCUUGCUCGUAUGUUGACAGAAUACACACAGAGCCAGAAGGAAAUACUAUCAGAAAGGGAAAAGAAACUGGAAGAAUAUAAACAGAAGCUGGCUCGAGUUACCCAAGUACGCAAGGAACUAAAAUCUCACAUCCAGAGCCUGCCAGACCUCUCGCUGCUUCCAAACGUUACAGGUGGAUUGGCUCCACUUCCAUCUGCUGGAGAUCUAUUUUCUACUGACUGAAAAAUGAGCUAAAACUCGUUCAUGCAGGCUGGUACCAGCAGGAGACGAGACAAACCAGAAACAGUCCCAGGAGUGUCCUGUGUUAAUGCAGGGUUUGGGAAUAGCAUCCGCAUUCGUUGCUCCUUCACCAGGGUGUGUAGGAAGGAACAGCCAUGUCCCGCGUAUUAAAAAACAGAGUGGAUAACAGAGUGUUUCAAAAUAUUACCUGUAAUUUAUUUGUACACAUUCUGUUACAGAAUGGAGACAAGACUAGACUGUUGACUUUAAAGAAGCACCAGAAUUUUAUUUUUUGUCCCUGUCAACUGCCCCUCCAUGAACCUCACUGUUAAAUGAUUUGACCAUUCAAUGUUUUUUGCUGAUUCCUGGGGGAAACCCUGUCAGUGAGUUGCUGUUUAGACUACUUUGUAUUGCUGGUUUUUGGUUUUAUUUUCUUCAGAUCAUAUAUACUUGACAUGGGAAAAAAUGUAUUGCAGUAAUAUAUUUUCUCAAGAAAGUGAAACUGUGUAAUAGAUUAUUUUUUUUAAUUAUCCUACCUUUGUAGAAACGACUUGAAAGUUUUACAAUCCAUACAAAGUUCAGUUGAAA